AUUAACCACGACCGCGGUAUCCGCCCCCACCACCGCCACGACCAAAUCCACCGCCUCCACGUCCUCUUCCGCCACCGAAUCCUCCGCCGCCAUCAAGCCCAACUACAAGCAGAUCUUCACGCUGGCCGGCCACACCAAGGCGGUUUCCUCGGUGAAGUUCUCCCCCAACGGUGACUGGUUGGCCAGCUGCUCCGCCGAUAAGCUGAUCAAGAUCUGGAACGUCUCUGAUGGCAAGUUUGAGCGCACCAUCGCCGGCCACAAGCUGGGCGUCAGCGACGUUGCCUGGAGCACUGACUCGAGGCUGCUCGCCUCCGCGUCCGACGAUAAGAUGCUCAAAAUCUGGGAAAGUCAAACGGGCAAAUGUUUGAAGACGCUGAAGGGCCACAGCAACUACGUCUUCUGCUGCAACUUUAAUCCGCAGUCCAAUCUCAUCGUUUCCGGCUCGUUCGACGAAUCGGUGCGCAUUUGGGACGUGAAGACGGGCAAGUGCCUGAAGACGCUGCCCGCCCACUCUGACCCGGUCUCGGCGGUGCACUUUAACCGCGACGGGACGCUGAUCGCCUCCAGCUCCUACGACGGCCUCUGUCGCAUCUGGGACACCAGCACCGGGCAGUGCCUGAAAACGCUGAUCGACGAUGACAAUCCGCCGGUGUCCUUCGUCAAGUUCUCCCCCAACGGCAAGUACAUCCUCGCGGCAACACUCGACAACACACUGAAGCUGUGGGACUACAGCAAGGGAAAGCCACUCAAAAUCUACCAAGGGCACAAGAAUGAAAAGUACUGCAUCUUUGCCAACUUCUCCGUCACCGGCGGAAAGUGGAUCGUAUCCGGCUCCGAGGACAACCAGGUGUACAUCUGGAACCUGCAGACGAAGGAGAUUGUGCAGAAGCUGAGCGGCCACACUGAUGUGGUCCUCUGCACCGCCUGUCACCCCACGGAGAACAUCAUCGCCUCGGCGGCGCUGGAGAACGACAAGACGAUCAAGCUGUGGAGGAGUGAUGUGUAG